CUCAUUUUGUUUACAGAUUCUAACUUUUGAAGAGAUUGAUGUUGAGAUGCCUUCAUAUCUGUCUUCCAAUCACUCAAUAUUGGUGUAUUCAGCUUUCCAACCAACCAUUGAUGGUACCUUAUAUAGUAAAACUACUGUACCAAUACACCAGCGUUAUCAAGCAAUAUCAGACAGACCAGAUAUCUACUAUGUUACAGCAAUUCUACCCAAACCACAUUUCUACUUAUACUGUGCAGAUAGUGAAGACGUCAAUUUCAUGAACUGUGAAUCAACACCAUUCCUUGCUCCUUGUACAGCACUGAACAUUACACAGUGUUACUGGCAGUCACUACAAACAACAGAUAUUGAUGAACUAACAUUUCAUGUUCCGAUUGGACAGCAGAAAGAUCUUAUUAUGGUAACAAUAGUCACCAUAGUUGUGACUAUUAUGGGAUGUCUUGUGCUUCUGGUUACUAUGGUGAAAUCAGAUCUUGACAGGAAAUCGCACAAAAAUUGAAAUUGUUUCCAAGAAAACAAAGAGUACAUCAUUAGCUGUCAGCUUUGAAUGCUCACACACACAUCAUUUGCAAUGACUUGUGGGAUAGCAACAGAUACAGAAUUCACUAUAAAGUACUUGCAUGAAAUAGCAAACAUUUUGAGCAGAGAGAAUUCUCUGUAUUGGGGUUCAAAAUUACUUUAAAAUGUUAGUCUUUUAAAUGAGAAUUUGUUGACUAACAUAGCACUACAAUAUGACCCGCAGUUUAUAAUACCGGUACUAAUAAAAAAAAGAAUAAACUGGAUUAUAUA